AGCUAAUCAGGUGCUGGUGUGAGUGUGGUCAGGGGCUUGUGGGGUACCAGCAGCACCUGCUGUGGGUGGGCUUGACCUCAGCAUCGAAGAGUAUUUUAUUCUUGAACAGCACUGGCCACAUUCUCUCCUUGAGUAUGUGGUUUCAGGAAAUGGAAUUGUCUUGAAACUUUGCAUGGAAAAUGCUUAGUGUGCUCUCUGGCUUUCAGAAUUGGAAAAAGAGUUAGGGCUGCCUAUCAUGUGGUGUGAAUGUGCCUCAUUCUUCUGCUUUGGAUAAAGAUAUGGAAGCUGUCUUCAAACAGUGUGGAUCAGAGAGGCUGUCUUUUUGGAGAAAUGUGUGAUACUUUGUCUAGAAAUUAUUUAAUUUCUCUUUGCCCAAAACUACUGCUGUCAAUGAAAUAAUUCAGUGUUCUUGACUACACUGAACUACUAUAAGUACUAAUGCAGUAAGGAUGAUAAGUUUGGCUUCUGUGGAAAUACUGGGAAGCAUACUGGGGCCACUGAAGAAGUUUGGAAGGAGUGGUCAGGAGAGCAGCAGUCAUGUUAAGUCUGGUUAGCUUGUGAAAGGAAUGGUGUGUGUGGUCCCUGAGAAACAAGUGCUGGCUGCCUGACUUGGGUGGUCUCUACCAGUUCUGUGUCCCUAAGCUGUGUUUUGGCCUAUCUCAGACUGCCUCAGAGGGUUACUUAGCUUGGGUCAGACCACCCCAGUCUGCUCUUUUUUUCACCAAAGAUCAGUCUCUAUCCUUGCUGUGGCUCACAUGAUGAGCUUAGAUUAAACACCUAGUUCUUGAUAGCAGCCACCUGCCUUGCACGCCUGGACAGGUAAAAAGCUGCAUUCUUCUCCUUCUUGGAUGAUUACCUUGGAAGACACGGUUCAGGCCUGUGACUGGCAGAGCAGUACUGAGCAGGAGAGAACACUGGUUGCUUUAAGCUUGUGCUCUACUGUCUGUGUUUAACAGAAUCCAGGAGCCAUGUGUUUCUAAUUGUAUCUGGUAAUUCAAAGAUCAAUGACAUGCGUUGGAAGGACCUUCACUGUUGCACUCAAAACUGUAUGGCUUCUUAGGUGAGUGAAGCUUAUUUCUUCACCUGCUAAGUAAUACUACUUCACCAGCCAGUGCAUGGAGCUUCGCUGGCUGGAGAAGUAAUAUUACUUGGUAGGUUUCUGCUGAAGGAGAGGAAAUAAACUCAGUGCGGAUUCUGUUUCUGCGUAUGGGUCUAUAUAGCUCUGGAUGCUAGAGUCAGGUAAUUGCUUGAGCACGGGGUGAACUGCCUGAACUCCAGGCAUUCUUCAGUGAGCAGAAUGGGUGGCAGCACUGCAGACAUAGUCUCAAGUCUCGCCAGUACCUGUAUGCUAGUUGGGAUUGUGUUGCUUCACUGUGUUUCUCGGUUGCUGGUUGUGCCUCAUCAUGGAAACACAGAUGUGGACAGACAGAGAGGUAGGAGCAUUAGCCUGACUUGGGCCAUGGCUCUAUAUCAGGAAGCAGAAACAUGGCAGACUGGCUGAGGAAACUACAGCAAAUGCACUUUUUGUUGUGCCCUUACCAAUGUGAGUCGGAGGAAGGAUAUGGCGCAGGCUGGCAGCCAGCAGACCUGACCUGCUUGAGUACUGGCAGCCCUGCACACUCUGAGGUGGACCCAACUAGAAAGCUACUGAGCAGGGCUAGUCAGUCUACUCUGUGCAAUGAUUUGCCCUCAUGGGUGCUGCACGCAGACAUUUUGCCAGGCUACUGGUCGGAGCCCAGGGGGAGCUGACAGGCGGUGUAUUUGCAGAAGAAAGCUGCCAGUGCUGUUGGGAAGCAAGGGAGCAUUUGGUGCCAUGUCUGGGCUUGCUGUCAGCAUCGAGCUGCAUGUGCUCCAUGAGUACAUAUCCUGGCCUCGAAGUGCUUAGUCCUGUGAAUAAGCCCAUUGCUCCACACUGCAAGGUCCUUCAGGUACCUGUCCCCGUGCAAGUUCUGCAUCCAGUGGUCCCGUGUUUGAAGACCUGGCUGGGGGUAAAGGUGCCUGGUCUGAAGCUGUACUGGCUGAGAAGAGGCCGUUUCGCACCUCUCCUAGCCUGGCUUUCCCCAUCAGACCCUUCACUUUGCUAGCUUGUGCUUCAGGUCCUCAGGAGCGGCCCUGAGCACUGUUGCUGUAGAGUAGUUGCAAUGGCAUAGGAAAGGGGAAAGUUGCUUUCCUGUUUGCUAAUCAGGGCUGUGCAGGCAGGGAUUGAGGAAGGAUGGCUCUGCCCUGGCUCAGGAUGUUUUGGAAACAAUGCCUAUUUAUAGGAGAGGGCAGGGGGCCCUCCCUGCCUGGAGCAGCCUGGCUGUGCGGGAAGAGGGUCUUGCAGUGGGGUGCAGUAGCACUGCAGUACCCUGGGCAAGGGGGUCGGGGAGAGUGGGGUAGGUGUGGUUUGCUGUUUUGUGUGUUCUCUGUCAUUCUCAAACUUGUUCUGCUCUAUCCCUGCCCCUCUGUUAGGGGAUCAGCAGCUCUCUUCUGUCCCCUGCCUGCACCUUGCUACUGGCAGGAGUGGGGAGGGGGUGCUGUGCUGCGCUGGAGCUGGCGCUGGAGCUGCAGUGCCAUCUGCACAGUAGUAGCUUCACCUCGCUUCUUUGGGGACGUGCUGGGUUGUGGUCAGGAGUGGUGUGGCUAUGAAAGUGUUGAGGACAGGGCGGAACGCUGAUGAAGGACAAAAGGGCUGAUGGAGCAAAUAUCAGUUGCAACAUCAGCAAGUUCAGUUGCUUACCCAGAUUGUCCAAGUUUAGCCCAUUCACUGCUGAGUGGGAGAGUUACCAGCAGCUGUCUGGGACAAUGUGAUAAGCAGUGCCAGACUGCAAGAACCCACGCUGUUCUCUCUGGAGACAGGCAGCAGUGAGCUUCUUGCCACAGCGAGCAAUGCUGCUUUGGUAGAGAGUGUGAAAGUGCAACAGAAAGCCGAGGCUUGGUGCCAUGUGUGCCCAAGCCAUCACUGGGUUGCUUGGGGAGCCCUGGGCUGUCCUAUGUCAAUGAGCUUUCUCACUAACUAUAUCAAGUAGGUCUGACAAGGCCAGUGCUUUUCUAUUAAUUGCACCGCAUAUGCCUCUGCCAAGCAGAUCAGCAAUGCCAGGGAUAGAGCCAGGGUAGCGCUGGAGCCCUGGAAUUGGAGGUGUGGUAUCAACGGUGGGAAGGAUGCGGGCCUCUGCUGCGGUAGGGGCUCUCCACACCCAGCCUGGUGUGUGGAGAGCAUGAACCCUUGUCAGGCAGGUUUAAGCUCCUGUCUUCCAGCUUGGUUUGCUUCCCAUCCUUGGUUCUGCAAAUUCUUACAGGCUCUGGUGAGUCAAUGAAGACUGGGUGUCGUAAUAGCAGCUUUGGAGGACACGUACCCAGUUUUUGGCAGUAAGAGCUAGCUGGAUCUGUCAGGUGGAGCCUGAGUACAGGCUUUGUUUGACUUAUGACCUGUGUUCCCACCUGGAGCAAGUCUGGCUUGCUUUCUGCAGAGGUCCUCUGUUUUUGCUGUAUGUUUGGAAUGGGGGCUGCUUGCUGCUCUUGUUCUGCCUUUUGCAGGGAGACUUCUUAGUGCCAGGGGAAUGUUACUGAAGCCAGUGUGGCCAGGCUUGCUGCAUGGCGACCUGGCCUGAACCCAAGCUUUGCUGAGUGCUUGUCUCCUAAUACAAAUGGAGAACAUUAAAUAGACCUGGAGGGUUGGAGCUUCUGAAAUAUGGUAACUGCCUGGAGAACGGGAGGAACAGAGCAUAUUAGAGCCUGUGGGCUGCUGUCUACUGUCCAAGAUGAGUUUUCUACCAUGCUGGCAUAUCUGAAAAUGUAAGCUUUGUAAGCUACAAGUAGAGCCAAAGGGCUCCGAGGCCAGGGACUCUGCAUAUGUAAUGUCUCUGCUGAGGUCAUACAGGACCUGUAGGUGCUGGGUCUUUAGCAUUCCUUCUCCUCUGCUAAUCUAAACACAGGGCUAUUUUCCUCUUGAGCAUGAGAACUCACCAGUUUCCUCAGCCUUUUGGCCUCUGUUGUAUGCCUUUUAAAACUUCCCUGGCUGCAAGCCACAGGCUGGGCACCACUGCCCUCCAGUCUCACUGAUGGCAAAUUCAGGCCAGGUGUUGACAAGCAGAACAUCAGACAGGUUUUUACUUGUGUUGUGCAGCAGGAGAACACUUCUGGGAGGAGGAGUGCAGUUGGGCUCUUCUUCAGUCAUCACAACUGUCCAAGUCCUCUUGUGUGAAGCAGCAACCGUCCUGCUGCUGCUGACUCUCUGGAGAAGAUGAUGUGGUUCCCUUUCUAUAGAGCUGAUGUGGUAUCUUGUAUCUUGCUGUGUCUCUGCUGUGUUGAGAGCUCUGGUAGAAACAUCGUGCUGCAGUGGUUUAGCUAUGUGCUGCCUGAGGUGCUCUGAGCAGUACAGAGCAUCAGGAGAAACUGAGCACUCCUGCCUGACCUGCAUCGGUACAAGCAAACUGCAGAGGGGCUGGCUGAGAGCUCUGUUGCAGACAGACUGUGCUACUGUGUUCCUGUGCCAUUAAAUAAUUUCCUUGAGUUUGGACCCUUGGGAUCCCCGGCUGUGUUUUGUUCCUGUUGUGGUGUUUUGUUUGUUUUUUAAGCCGGUGAGACCCCUAUUUCCUUUGGUUAACCCUCCCAGAUGUGUGCUACAGAAACAGGCUUCAUGGGGAGCAUGCUCUGGAAGCCAGUCUUGAACAUGUGAUUUGGGGAGGAAUGUUCUUCAGCAAUUGCCAGAGAGCAGCUGGGAGUACCCGGUGGUGUGUAUGGCUGGAGUGCAGCUGAUGGUUCUUUUCUUUUUGUCCACAGGUUGUGCUAGCAGGCAGUCCUUGCAGAGCUGACACCCAGGGGGUCGUGGCCACUACUGGGUGCUUUGGAGUCUCAUGCCAGCUUGAUGCGUGCAGAACACGGGUGGACCUGGACAAGGCUGGAGAUGGGGUGUUUGUAAGCACAUUGGCACUUGCCAUGCACCCAACAGGGUCAGUGGACAGUAGCUUCUCCCGCUCUGCUGUGCAGACCCUCUCCCGGAGCCACUGCCGCAACAUCAAACAGAAGAUCUCCCAAUGGGAGGGGAGGACACGAGGGUGCUCCGGCAAGGAGAAACAGCAGUUGAAGGACUUCGGAGUAAAGUAUGAUACCAGCUGCGAUGCUGUACCCAAAGCGAAGCCAGAACAUACAGAGAAGGGCAGAAAGACUGGGUCCAAAGAUCCAAAGAGCCUGGGUUUGGACUUCAGGGAAGAUGCACAGAGCUGCUUGCAGACUGGUGACUGUGGUGACCUCAAGCCCUGUGCGUGCAGCCUAGCUUCCCAAGGCAAGGAGAAAGGAGAGUGGCAAGCAGGCUUCCUGGACCCAGGGGCGACACUGCCCCCAGGGAACUUCUAUACCUCACAAACUCUGUGGAGGAGAGUAGAUCCCAUUCUGUCUGGCAGAGCCCCACCAUUUCCCUUGGCCCUUCAGAGGAAGCAAGGGAGCUGUGGCUCCACGGAAAGAGAACUUAAAGGAGUGGACUCUCUCUGCCGGGCAGAGAGGAGCUUGAAAAACAUUUACUCUGAGGCUGAGGGGCAAGAGGAGCCAGCUGCUGUCCCACCACCCAAGCCCCGUAGGACUUUCCGCUAUCUUGCAGAAAAGGGUGCUAGUAGCUGUAGUGAUGUCAGUGCUACCAGGGAAGCUUCCCUGCAAAAGCAGCAUGAAGGAAAUUUGGUGUCAUCCUCCAACAAGCCUGAGAAGAGAAUAGCCAGCAGGAGGAUCAGAGGGAGAACCCAGAGGAAAUCUUUUGAGUUUGAGGACAUCCAGGGCUUCCGCAACCGGAUGGCAACCACCAACUCCCACAGACUUCGAGAAGAGACAAAUGGCACUACAGGAUCCCGGCUAGUCUACACACAGUCAGAAGACAACAUCUACGAGGACAUUAUCUGUCCUGCAAAAGAGAACCCCUAUGAAGAUAUUGGAGCACUGCCCUUACCCCUGUGGAAGGUCCCAUCUGUCUGGAAGCUACCACCCCCCCGGAGCAUCAGUAGGGCUCCCAAGCCUCCCCCAAAACCUCCCUUCCUCAGUCGCAAGACUCUUGAGCUAAAGGCCUCCCAGACAAGUUUCCAAGGGAAAAUGGUGAAGGACACAACCCUGCCUGUCACACUGACCGAGUGGAAGCUGUUCCGAGCAGUAGAGGCUGCUAGCAGGAAAAAGAACUUGCCCUGGCUGGUACUAAAAAUACAGGAGAUCUUUGAUUCUAAGCGUGGAAAGAAGAGGGUGAAGUUGUGCAGUCCUGCUGGGAGAGAAGUGCCUCCAAUGAAAGGUGAAACCAGUGGGAAUGAAAGUGAUACGGAAAAUCAGCCAAAAAGUCGACACAGGUGCCUGCUGCAGGUGCAGUCAGCCUCCAACAGGAACCCGCACUACCAGACUUUGGAGAGGGAUUUGAUAGAGCUUCAGGAGCAGCGGCUAUUUGAGCUGUUUGUGGUGGUGUCUCUGCAUAAGAAAGCAUCUGAGAUGACAUACGCACCACAGAUCCUACAGCAGUUUCCCAUCAAGCCUGAACAUCCCUUCAGACAGUCAAAGGAUGCUGAAGAGAGGCUAAAGGUCAUUCCCAAAUUCUGCUUUCCAGAUCCCAAAGACUGGUGUCCUGCAUCAGACCUUAAAAGUGAAACAUUUUCUUUUGUCUUGACGGGUGAGGAUGGCAGCCGCUGGUUUGGGUACUGCAAGAAGCUCCUGCCAGAAGGGAAAGGGAAGCGCCUUCCUGAGGUAUACUGCAUCGUUAGCCGCCUGGGCUGCUUCAACCUCUUCUCCAAGAUUUUGGAUGAAGUGGAGAAGAGGCGAGAGAUGUCCCCAGCCCUAGUACACCCAUUUAUGCGCAGUGUAAUGGAGGCACCUUUCCCUGCUCCUGGACGCACGAUUACUGUGAGGAGUUUCCUGCCAGGAGCAGGACAUGAGGUGAUGGAACUCUGCCGUCCAUUGGAUUCUCGACUUGAACACGUUGACUUUGAAUGCCUGUUUAAGUGUCUAAGUGUCUCUCACACGAUUCGGGUCUUUGCCUCUCUCCUGCUGGAAAGGAGGGUGAUCUUUGUUGCUGACAACUUAAGCACUCUGUCUAAAUGUGGCCAUGCUGCAGUUGCAACGCUUUAUCCCUUCACUUGGCAACACACCUACAUACCAGUCCUACCAACUUCUAUGAUUGAUAUUGUGUGCUCUCCGACCCCGUUCUUAAUUGGCAUUCUCUCCUGCUCGUUACCACAGCUCCAGGACCUGCCCAUAGAAGAGGUUCUGAUUGUUGAUCUUUGUGCUGACAAGUUCUUGCAAGAGGUAUCAGAUGAAGAUGAGAUCCUGCCUCAUAAACUCCAGGCUGCGCUUGUACAAAUCUUGGAAGAACGAAGUGAAAUCCUGUCACAUGAGCAGAGUGAUGCACAAGAUGACGUGCCUCUUAACUCCCUGGUCUCUGAAGCAUUUGUGCAGUUCUUUGUGGAGAUUGUUGGACACUACUCCCUGUACAUGAAUGUCACAGAAAAAGGGGAGCGGGUGUUUCAGCGGGAACUGUUCCGUAAAUCUCACGUGUCACGCAAUGUGCGUCAUUUCUUGCACUUCUUCAUGGAAACACAGAUGUUUGCAGGGUUCAUACAGGAUCGAGAGCUAAGUAAGAACGCGGUCAAAGGCCUUUUUGAGGUCCGUGCCUUGGAGUAUUUGGAGAGUAUUCCAGAGACGGAACCAAGUGGAAUGAACAAAAUCCUUCGGAGUCUUGGAAGUAAAAUGAAAUUUCUUCAGAAGAAAUGAACGUGCGCUGCUGCGGGCCAGCGAAGCGGCGGCAGGCUGGGGCGGGGGGCGUGCCGGGCCCCCUGCCCCACGGCCGGAGCCGGACUCCUCCCUGCCUCCAGGAGGGCUGGGGCUGACCGGGGGCGCGGGGCCCCCCCCCCGUGCCGGUGCAGCCGCUAAUAACCGACCAGCCCGUGGCUCUAAUGACCACCCCGUGGCUCCAAUAACCAGCCCAUGGCUCAAA